AUGGAGGUCUCCCUGACAGGGUGCCAGCUCAUCCGCGUGGGGCCCAGGCUGUUGACUUGUAUAGUCCGAGACGCCGCGAGGCGCAUCGAUCCCCCCCCCCCCGCCCACCCCUCGUCGUCGACCCGCCCCCGCCGGUGGGCAGGCUGCUCCCGAUGGGACCACCCGCGCGCCCGCGCCCGACGGCCAGUUUCACCCUCCUCCUCCUCCUGGUGCCGCUUUUCUUCUCGCCAGUCGCGUCAGCUGGCGGCGGCGCGCGGGACGGGCGGAGGCGCGCUCGAGGACGUGCGCGCGAAAGAAGCAAGUGCGCGCGAGAGAAGGCGGAGGCGCGCGGGAGGGGAGGCGACGCGGUCGAGUGCGGCUACAGCGGUGGCGCGCGCGAUAGAAGGCGACGGCGUGCGGGAGGGGCGGCACGCGAUUGCACGUCGUCGGCGAGGGCGGAUACAGCAUCCGCGGCGGCGCUCGCGAGAGAAGGCGGCAGCGCGCGGGAGGGGCGGCGUCGCGCUCGAGCCCAUUGUCGGCGAGGUUGGCUACGGCAUCUAUGGCCCGAGGCUGUCCAUGCAGUUGUCCUACAUUUUCCCUCACAACAUCCCAUCGUCUCGCAACAAGCCCUGAUCUCCCAUCUAGAUCUCCAACCCCUGCUCUCUAGCGGUCGGUAAGAAUAUGCAGUAGAUGUAUUCUUAGUUCUUUGUAAAUCGAUAGAUCUGCCCUUUCUCU